GUCGCUUCAUACAAACUCCAUCAGUUGCUGUUGAGAAGACGAUCCUUAAGCAAGAGGAUGUAUGCCCUUAUUUUAUUCAGUGAGUUUUAAUACCUACUCAGUGUUAUACUUAGUAUUUGUUUGGCGCAUUUUCGUGUAAGUGUCGAACGGAGAUUUUAUGCUUCCGUCUGCAAUUAUGCGAAAAGAUCAAGCACAUCCCCCACAACCUUGAGAAAUAGCGGUUUGACUAUCGUUGAACAUGCUUCAACUUUCUUUCGGUCUACUAGUUCUCCCCAAACGACAUGUCCUUGAAUAGUUUCCUCGGAAAAGCCUCGUCUUCCUGAAGUCCAGCAAUCGAAAAUUUGAGCUCCGAAAUUAGAGGUUAACUCUGUAAUCAUCUAAAGGUUUUCAUUUACACAUUUAUGAAAUUCAUAUUUUCAUGCUUCCACGAAAUGGAGUUUUCUAGAUCUCACAUUUAAUUCAUUCAGCGAAUCUUUUUCGAUUUAGGAAAUAGACGCAGAAGUUUGUAAUGUUUUGAUUAAAUUUGGCGUUCUAAAAAAUUUAAAACGAUUAAAAGGAAAGACCUACCGCUGAAAUUAUUACGAAGACUCCACACUUAGUGAAGGAUUUGUUUGAGUGAUAUACAUUAACUUCUGGGUCUAAUUGCGUCCAUGGUCACAGGCGUUGUGUUGAUGACAGCUCAAAUUUCAGCCCUCACGCCUAUCCCAGUGCGUGUGCAUUUUAUCACCGAGCAGAACCAAAAAUUAGAUGGGGACACGACGAAAGACUACCUCGCGGCUCUGUGUGGAGGCUGUGCCUUUCAAGGUUUAAAAGCUCUCUUCGGUGUGAGCCUGGUCAACAGGGACUGGAGUUACGACACGGGAUACUACAUGACAAUAACCGUGAAAGAUACUGAUGGAAAUUUCAUUGCUAACAAUUCUGAUGCGAGCGGCAUACCAGUACCGGAUUUCAAUUUCACCUAUGUCGCCAAGUAAGAGUUGUGCCAUGACUUGAAUUAUAGCUUAUCAGUCAGCAUAGUCACGUGUUAUCUUAUCCACUGAUCAAAAUGUGAUUUAUUUCACAGGCACUAUUUAUGAUCAGAUUCCUUUGCAGGAAACAAAUAACUUUAUAAAUUUUACCUCGCUCUUCAGUAGUGGCUUCGAAGCUCAGUUGGAGGUAGUUCCGAUGUUUUAUUUGAAAUGCAGCCAGGAAUAUUUUGAUCGGACUUCAUAAUAACUCAGAUCUCUUUUAAUCUGUAAACACAUUUCGAUCGCUAGUCAAACUGAUCUACUCCAUACAUAUUAUUUGAAAAUUAGUAACGUUAAGAUAAACCUUGUUUCACUUCAGUUGUGAGACUCCGCCAUGACUUCAUCUUCUAUAAAUAGCUCAUCCAACCUGAUGAAUUGAAGUGUCUUACUUAUGCGGAUAGUUGAAGAAUUCGAUUUUUUUUUCCAUAUAGGUACAAAAAUCUGUUCUUCCAAGUUGUAGCAGGACCAGCGGCUACAUUUGUAUUCACGUUAUCCCUGACGUUCGAUUACACGGACCGUGUUUAUCCGCAAAGCGAAUGUACCCAUCGAUGGCAAAUGACAACCUCGGAAAACACUGUGUGGCGGAAAUACCGAGGAGGAAAUAACACAGGUAAAUUAUAUAUGACUGUUCAAUUCAUUGUUUUCUUUAAUCUACUGAUAUUCCCGUAAAUUAAUUCCGCAAUAGGGGCCUUAAUUAAGCAGUCAGGAAGGCAACGCCGGGAGAAACGUCGAUUAAAAAUGAAUUUACAUUUUCAUUUAGUAUGUCACGCAUAGCUGGAUGUGCCUACCUUCUCUUACGAGAUUAUACUUCUUUUGUCACAGCUUUACUGCAGCCGGUUUUCAAAACAGCAAUCACUCAGUCUAUUGAAACUGAGGAUUUUAAGUUGUAUCGCCUUGACUAUUGCUUCGGAGACGAACUUUCCUAUAAAAUCACCGUCAGCGUCAUCACAGAGGAUCAAAAGUCUGGAUUUGUCACCUAUGUUUGCAAGAAGACGUACAUGAUAAAACACGGAAGAUGUGAUGUACGAACCCCAUAUCGUGACAUAUCCGGGGGCCCCGUGAACGUAGUGGUGAUGGAUGUGGAGAAACCAGCUGACUUUGGACCUGUUCAUGUCCUUCUUAGCGGGGAUGGGCGUCAUGGCCAAAGUAACCGAUUUACCUUGGCAGCCUCGGUCCCGUAUAUGAGCACUGAUCGGCACGUAAGGCAUGGAGGAGCAACAGUAACUAAUUAUUGAAGCCAGCACCCCUCCCUCUUAUUAUUCUUCUUCUAAGAUUGAUGCGGAAAUGAAUCCGUUAGCGUUAUGUAGUAAAUCAAAAGCAUGAGAAGACAACUAUUGCACAUUAUUAUUAUUUUUGGUGUUUUUUUUUUUUUUUUUUUUUGCUUAAAAUGUGGCUUGGCUAUUUGGUUUAGUGCCAAAAGUUUCAAGCAAUUAUCCGCUUCGUCAGGUCUUUGAAUAAACUUAUCAUCAAUUAACUCUAUAUUUGUUUUGUUAUGUGCGUUUGAAGUCUUUCAAAAUAAUUUCUCCCUAAAGACCGGUUAUAGACCAACAUCCUGUUUACUCAUAAAGGGUAUCUGUGAAAUGCCUCGUUUGACUAAACGCCUUAAUGCCUGAGUUAUCAAUGCUACCCACUUUAACUUAAAUGAGAUCAUUCUAAUAUCGCCAGAAUCAUUAAAAGUUAGUGCUCGUUUAAUUUUGUUAUGUCCGGCAUAACAAUUCUUCCAGAGAUCUCUCCGUGCUAGGAAAGCAAGAGAAGUGCCGCAUCCGAUGUAAGGUUAUCAAGCCCAAUACAAUUUUCCGUAUCCGAAAGACGAUUUUCCGAUGAGCCAAGAUUAAAAGUUAUCUUUAAAUUCGUAGACUUCUUUUCAAAUAUCAUCCUGUUUUUCUGGGAAAAAUGGGAAAAAAUAGUUGUUAAAAGUAACAGUUACGUGCUGGAACGAAGGUAAAAGGUCACAAGUGAUUUCCGGGCAGACUAGUGACCGACCGACUUGUUUCUUCCCAUAAAUUUUUUCUAAAAGUUUUCUUUACCUAAAUUCGCAGGCCAUGCAAUCGCGAAUUUUGAAGGUCUAAGUACUGUUCCUCUCAAAAAACUCCGAGUUUCGUGUAUGCGUGACGUAUGCUUAUGACAAUUAUUGACAUCUUCCGCUAUUUGCGUGACACUGAACAGAACUCACUUUAAUUGUUUACGUCAGAAAAUAAGGCUUUCUUCUGCCUUCAAAUUUAGAAAAUACAGAUAACCGACUUUAUUCUGGGGGGAGGUGGAGGGGUGAAGUAACAAGCUUAAUUCGCAAUGAGGUUCGUCUAUACCAGUCAUUCCCGAUAAGAAGCUAAAUUAGAGCCACGUAGAAAUUUCAGCGCUUAUAUGCAAAUUUCCACGUUCAUGUGAUAGUCGCGUGAUUCAGUCAUGCGAUCUUUAGGGUCAAAGAGGAGAACACGAAAUCUUUAAAUUUGGAAUAUGUUUAUUCUAAGCUUAGAGAAAAUGUUCAUCAGACUGAAAUCUUUCAUUUUUAGGUUUCCCACUGGAUUGACUGGAAUACUCAAUAAUUAAGUGUUUCAGUGGAUUGUUUUAAAGCGCCAUUUUUUAAUCCCAUUUUUCCGAUUCCGAGAAUUGGGUUCUGCCCCUUUUUUUUCUACAUUUUUGAGUAUUGUUCGCAGAGCCAAUAAAAACGGUUCAUUAGCAUUUGUUGACAUUACCACACCUUGCAGCUGUCUAGGUCUUAACAAAGCUAAGAGUCAACUGAGCGUCUACUCAAACUGUCACUUCCGCACGACAAUCAACUGCUCUGGCGUUGCUUUUGAGGUAUCAAGUCCAAAAUGUUUGCCUUGCUUCUUCUCGGUAAGUUUUAUAACUCAUCCAUAGAAAUCAUCGCCGAUUAAUGACUGGAAUUCUCAUUUCUAUAUUGUGUUCUUUUAUCUGCACACGCGCAUUUUUAUGAACUUUGUAGUGUAUCCGCACUGCCAGGGCGCGAUGGCUCGCAUCAAGCUUCUGUUAAUUGUUGUCUGCAAGAAUUGAGACUGAUUACAUAAAUGCAUACCUUGAGUAAGUCGUAGAUUUUUUUUUAUAGACGGUCUGAAAUUUCUCGUAUUGGUUAUUUCAAACACACCACGUUUCUCAUAGCUCAUCUCGCCAACCAGACAUUUCUUAGUUUCUAUUUCCAAGAACCCAAGCCGAAAGCGGAACUAUACAGACUUCCUGUUAAGAUUACACAAAUUCCGAGAAAAAGGAUGAAAUUUGUAGAUAGAAACAAGAGAGAUGACACGUUUUGAGCUCGGUAAAGAAAUAGAGAAAGAUGUUUUUUCCGUCUUCUCACGGGCGUGGAACAAUCGCCUGAUGAAGACUAGCAGUAUUGUAGUCGAAACAUCGCGUCAUCAUCGCCUGAUGAAGACUUGCAGUAUUGCAGUUGAAACGCCACGAUUAACAUUCAAAGUGACUCCAUCGUGAGACAAACGAAUAAUUUACAGGUAGAGCAUUGGAGCGCGGAAUUCGAAGGUCUGAGGUUCGACUCAGAAUGUUUCCUUUGUCCCUUCUAUCCGUUAUACCACAAUGAACAAUAAAAACUUCGUUUCAGUAUCAUAUAUCAUAAUAUAACCACAGUUCGACUUUCUCCCAACCUGUCUUUUAAUAAACUCAAGUCGUAAUUGAAAUUCCUGCCAAUUUAAUUGAAAUUCGUGCCUAUUUUAAAACCUCAUGUAAUGUCGAUCACGAUGAAUUCGCGUGUUCGUCGACAACAGUUAGUGGUCCUGCAAAGUCUAAUCACACAUGCGUGAACGGUUGGAUCUUCAGAAACUCGUUCACUCGGAAGAUUAGACUUGUACGGCGUUCCAUUGAUUCACAAACAAAUCACGCAUUUCUUGGAUGGGUUCGUUCAAAUGGUGUUAUUUGCAUCGGUUCUAAGAAUAACAGCAAAUGAUUGUUUUCACGGUUAUAACUUUUUGACAGUUGUCAUGGAGACGUGGGAAUAAAAUGACGGGAUAUUACCGGGACAAAUCACUCUAGGCUGACAUCGCUGCUGGCUUUUAUGCUUUCUUCUACAAUAAAUUUCUUUUAAUUUACAUCAAUUUUAAUUUCUUUGCGCGUAUUUUAAUUUGAUUGUAGGUGGUACGUCGUAUAUCUACAGUUUGUAUUUACAUACAUUAGUUCAACCUCUCUCCCUCGAGGUUCGUGUUCAGUGUCUGGUUCUCUAUUCGGGAGGGUUCAGGUUUCCUCCCCAGAUAUAUAAGGGGGUUUUUCCUGACGGGCAGCAGCAACGCCUUUGUAACUUAUACCAGCGAUCAUAGACCUGUCCUUCAGAGUUUGUUGUCAACAUUGUCAUUUUUUUUUGUUGUUGCUGCCUUUGCAGUAUUUACGUGAUUGUAUGAAUAAAAAGGGACUGAUCCUUGCUUUAUACUGGGCCUCUAUCCAGCACAGCAGUCAGUGCUCCUAUUUUACAAUGAGUGAUUCACUGUCCCGAUUGUCUACUAUUUCGAAAAUAGGGAAUAGUUAAAACAUGAAUUUGUAAACUGCAAUUGGUGAGAUUGACCAUGAGCCUGUGCCAGAAAUCCAAUGCCUUCGUUCCAACCGUAGAGGAUAAAAUCACUGAAACUCGCUAAUAUAAAAUGCUGAGGGCUAGCGGUAAAUUUUCUCUGUGUACAAAUUACAUGAAUUCAUGCUUAGGUUUAUUCAAAAUUUGGCAAUUUUAUUGCUCAAUAUCCAAGGGCCUAAAAUAUGCAGUGGCUGAAUAGGAGGAAAAGGAAACGUCCAUGCAAUAAUGGUGUUAAGUUUCACAUAUUUCAACACAGGCUCAUAAUGUCUAAUCGAGUGGCUUAUCAGAUUGUUUACGUGAUUCGUUUUAUCUUAAUCGCUCACACAGCCAGCUGUAAAAAUCAUGAUCAUAAAUUAAUGUAACUGAUUAUCAGAUAAUUUCAUUCUUCUUUACUUUUUAUCACUUCCUUCCAAUUAUUUCUCCAUUAUUCUUGUUAAUUAACCAUUAUUCAUUUUUCAUGAUUCGUAGGCGCUGUCUUUGUCUUUGCCCAAGCGUCACCUUUCAGGAUGAUUGAGCUUGAAGAUAGUCUUCCACUUGCCCCAAUCCCCAUUCCGGUGGAAGUACAGUUUAUCACACAGAAAGAUCAGGUAUAUACUGGCAAGAAGAAUCUCUCCUAUCAUGCAGCUCUCUGUGGGGGAUGCAGUUUUGACGGCUUGAACGCUCGCUUUGCAGUUAACUUGGUGAACAAUCCCUGGGACAAAGAUGAGGGAGAUUACAUCACUGUCUAUGUCAGAGCAACGGAUCCUACUGGCACGAUCAUUGCUUCGAAUGAGGAUGACAUUCUUCCUGACUUCAACUUCACGUAUUUCGCUAAGUAAGUACAAUCCCACACUGACUAAAAAUGAUGUUAUCCAAUAUUUGGGGGGUUAUUAUACUGCUACCUGCAACCAGGUAACUAUGCGUGUGUGUGUGUUGAGAUGAUGGAUGGACGGAUGAAUGAUGGAUGGAUGAAGAGACAAAUAAAUGAAUUGGCUGAUUUAUAGCUUAAUUGGUUGGUUUAUAAAGUGUUUUCCAAUGUCAAAUUUCAUUUUUUGCCUUUGCUUUUGAUAGCUCCAUCAAGCUAUGUGCGAUGUGUUCCAAUCCAAGAACCGACGUUCAUGAUCAAUCAAUUCAAGCAAAUCAUCUACCUUCUUCAACCUUUCCUUUUCCUUCUCUUGGUGGAAAUCAUUUGAACUGUUCUUAAGUUUUUCUCUUCUUUUUUUUUUCCUUCGUCAGGUACAAAAAUUUGUUCUUUGACGUCAUAACAGGCCCAGCUCCCUCCUUUUCGUUCACCCUUUCUCUGACAUUUGAUUACAAAGACAGAGUUUAUCUCCCUCGACCCUGCGUUCCUCGUUGGCAAAUGACUGCUGAGGAAUACGCUGUAGCGAAGAAUUACAGCAGUAAAGAUGUAGAUUCCGGUGAGUAAUUUUGUAUCAUUAUCUUUUCAUGGAGAAUUUCCUUUCCAUAUGGUGAAUAUUGUAUUAAAUAGUGCCUCCACUUAACGUGUUAAAUCCUGUCGCUAUUUUGGAUGUUAGCGUGAGUCACGAGAAUGGGUUGGGUAUCAAAAGAUUUACUGAGACAAAUACCUUAGGUUCCAAAAUACUAGCCUUGUUCAAAGCCUUGUUCACGAGAGCCGUUUAACCUUAAUGAGCGCACUAACCUUUCUUUUCGAAACGAUUUUAAAAGAAAGAAAAGUUUUAAGCCAUGUCUUAUUUUAAUCAUUCCGCAGCAUACGACCUUAUACCAAUUUUCAAAAGCGCCUCGACUCAAAGCGUCCUUACAAGGAACAAGAAAUUGUUCAGGCUUGAUUACUGCUUUGGUCCAAGUCAUCACUACAACGUCACCAUCACAGUCAUUGCUAAUGAUCAGCAGUCAGGCUUUGCCACAUAUGUCUGUAGCAAGACUUACGUUGCCAAAAAAGGAACCUGCGACGUCCUGACCCCGAAUUUCGACAUAUCUGGCGGAGCAGUAAAUGUUGUGCUCAUGGGACUGGAUGGACCGCAGGAUUAUGGACCGAUACUAGUCCGUGUGCGUGGUGAUGGACGAUAUGGCCUGAGUAACAACUUUACUCUUGCUGGAUCGGCUCCUUACACGAUCUUCUAAACUGUCUUAAGACUUGAGACUUUUUUUUUUCUUUCCUUUCCUUUCUUGUUUUGUUUUCUUUGUUAUUUGUCAGUUUGCUCUGUUUUCGCUUUAGUCUUUUUGUUCAAAGGUACUCGGUUAACACAAUUUGAGUUGUUAUUUCCGACAUUUCCCUUGAAUGAUAUCACGAAAUUUAGCUUAUUAGAUCUCUGUAGAAAAACGCGAAAGAAGUAAUCUUAAAUCAAGCUUGGAAAAGAUGAUUAAAGAACGGUCCUCUGUCUUUCUAUAACUAAGAAGAUUUCAACCGAUUUCUCUUUUUUCUCGCGUAUAUCCUUCACAUCAGUCGUCAUUUUUCGCAAGCUCAGGCGAAUACAGGCAGCCGCUCCC